AUGAAGAGCAUAAAUCGCCUCUGGCUGCUUGCAGCUUCACUUGUCCGUGCUACCUUCUGGAUGGAGGAUCUGUCCCACCAGGGAAUUGCCUCCUUCAACCCCGACAGAGGAUAUCAAGUUUUUCGAAAUGUUCGUGACUUUGGUGCCAAAGGUGAUGGAGUUACCGACGAUACUGCUGCCAUUAAUGCCGCCAUGAGUCACGGCAAUCGCUGCGGUGGCUAUGGCUGCAUUGGAGCAACCAUCAACCCGGCCAUUGUUUACUUUCCGCCCGGAACCUACCUGAUCUCCAGCCCAAUCGUCGGCCUCUUCUACACUCAGAUGAUUGGCGACCCCACUGAUAUGCCCGUCAUAAAGGGCGGUUCCAACUUCACUCAGGAUGGGAAGGCCUUGCUUGAUGCCGAUCCAUAUCUCAGCAAUGGCAGUAUGUGUGGCCUCUCCACGCCAGCUCCAGCCCGGCUUGAAGUUAACCUUGUUUUGUCUUGUAGAGCUCAAUUUCAUCUCUACCAACGUCUUCUUCCGACAGGUCCGCAACCUGGUGUUCGAUACCACAGCCAUAUCGCACCAGACCUGGGCAGUCCAUUGGCCGUCUGCCCAGGCUACUGUCAUUCACAACUGUGUCUUCAGACUUACGGAGCCCAGUUUGGUAGCCAACAGUAUACCGUACGCAACCUCACUUUUCACGGCUCGCAAACUGCCAUCCUGCAAGUUUGGAACUGGGGAUUUACGUACAAGUCUCUCAACAUCAAUGACUGCGAGAUUGGCCUCAACAUGUCCUCUCCCGACGUAGGCUCCGUCACACUGCUGGACAGCUCGUUUACCAAUGUCGAUACUGCCAUCAUUGUGGGCAGACACAAUAGCAGCGCUAGUGGUCUUGGGUCACUGCUGAUUCAAAAUGUCAAGUACACCAACGUUCCCACGGUUAUGAAGGAUCUGGACGGAAACCAAGUUCUCGCCGGCAAUGCUUCAGGAGCCCUCUUUGAGUGUGGCUAUGCCAAGUACUACGAGAGGUCGAAGCCUCAAUAUGAGGGCUACCCUGCCGGCGCAUUCGUGUCGGCCCGCAACCACUACGCUGUUGGAGACGGUGUGACUGAUGACACAGUGGCUUUGAACUCGUUCUUUGACGUUGCGACCGAGCCGACAGUGGUUGGGUUUCUGGAUGCGGGGUUUUACCGGGUGACUGACACCGUGUAUAUCCCAGCAGGUGCUCGAGUUGUCGGUGAAGGUCUUGCCGCCGUCAUCAUGGGCGCAGGCAAAAAGUUUUCCGACGUCACCAAUCCCCGUCCAGUGGUUCAGAUCGGAAAGCCUGGUGAGCUUGGCUACGUCGAAAUCAGCGAUAUCAUUGUCUCGACACAAGGCCCAACAGCAGGCGCUAUUGCCAUCGAGUACAACUUGAACACCCCAAUACUGGACGGGAAUAUCACCGUCGAUACACCUCCAUCGGGACUUUGGGAUGUCCAUGUUCGCAUUGGCGGUUUCGGAGGCUCCAAGCUCCAGGUGGCAGAAUGCCCCAUCACUCCCAACAUCACCAAUGUCGUUGAGCCUGCCUGCAUUGCUGGGUACAUGAGCAUGCACAUCACGCCGAGUGCUGGCAAUUUGUACAUGGAAAAUAACUGGAUGUGGGUUGCUGACCACGAUAUUGAGGACUGGAACCAGACUCGGAUCGAUGUCUUUGCCGGCCGAGGGCUCUUGAUCGAAGGGUCCAAUAUCUGGAUGCUGGGCAAUGCAGUUGAGCACCACACUCUUUACCAGUAUCAGCUGGUCAACGCAUCUAAUCUGUGGAUGGGUCAGAUUCAAACAGAGACACCAUAUUACCAACCCAACCCACAGGCCCCUUACCCUUUUACACAGGUUAACACCACCCUGCACGACCCUGAUUUCAUGACCGAUUGCCCUGGUUCGUCCCCCAGCAUGGUUGAGCAGCUGCCAGGUGACCCGCCGUGCGCCAUGGCGUGGGCUAUGCGCAUCAUUGGGUCCAAGAACAUCACGGUGUUUGGUGCUGGCCUCUACAGCUUCUUCAACAACUACUGCACCAACUGCAGCACCAACCAUGCGGGCGAAAACUGCCAGGCGAGAAUCUUUUCGAUUCAGGAUGCCAACGGCACAGAAGUGGUCAACUCCACGACGGGUUUGCAGAUGUACAACCUAAACACGAUUGGGAGCGUGAGCAUGCUCACCAACAAAGGGGAGGACGUCGCGUUUUGGAACGAAACCAUUGCAACAUAUGCCAGUACGAUGGGGAUCUUCAGGAACGAUGGCAAUGGCACAAAUGUGUCGUCGACUUCUUGA